UAAGAACAUCAGAUGGACAAAUGAAAAUCUUUUAAAACUAUUGAAGGCUGGAUUAGUGUACGAUAUUGAUGCAGUUGGUGCAAACAACUAUGUAUCACUAAUAUUAAUGAGUAGUGUAUCAGGAAGAUGUAAAUUUAUAAAAAGAUAUAAUCUCGAUAGCGUUUUCGAAGACAUACAAAACGAAUCCACUAAUAAUUUACUAUUAAUGAAUAAUAUUGGACUUAGAGAGUUCAGUGAUAUUCUCGAAGUUCCAGAAUGGGCGCUAGGCAAAGAUAACACAGCAAUAGGCAAAUAUUUAGAUCAUUAUGGGCGUGAAAUGUGGAUAAUAGUAGAAUGCCCUGGAGAUCCUUAUGAUCUUAAUAUACGCACGCCUAGACCAGAAAGACAAAUUACAAAAAAAGGCUAUUCAUUUAUUAAAGGUCAAUGGUUUGAAAUGGAUAUAAUAGGUAUAGCUAAACAGCAAGGAAUAGACGUAGACCCUAAAAACAUAGGAAAACCAAGACCAUGUGAUGAUCCCUUUACCAUAGAGAGAUUGAGUCCUAAAGUAGACAUGAGUGGUGCACCUAAAUAUGCAGAUAGUGUUGUUUGA